GGAAAUAACACCAUUUGAUACAUUUUCAAUUGAAUCUAAAGCUCCUUAAAUCAAUCGCUACGAUGACAAGAAUAACGACCAAGCUCAAGAUUCUUAUGAUCCAUGGUUAUACUGAGUCUGGAAAGUUUUUCCGCGAAGAAGUACUUGGACUGGAGAAGGCCCUUAUCGAAGCCUUUCCAGCAGCGCCUGCCCCUGGAUUUCAUCGGGAUUACCCGGAUGGUGUAGAGCUUGUGUACCCUGAUGGCACCUGGAGACUUAAGCCAACCGACUGGGAACGCUAUAUACCGGGAACCGACCCAGGUUAUGGAUGGUUCUACAAGGUCAGCGAUGACGAUGAAUUUCCAGGCUUGCCCGAUGCACUGAAAAAGCUUGGUGAUAUCAUGCGCUCUCAGGGUCCCUUUGCUGGAGUCAUUGGAUUUUCCCAGGGGGGGUUUCUAACCGGACUUAUCACAAGCCUGUUUGAACCAGGCAGAAAGAGUGUCUUCGAGAAAGCCGAAGUCGAAAGUGGAGGUAUUCCGUUCCCUAAGUCAUUUGAUGGAGUCGAGCCUAUCAAGUUCUCGAUCAGCUGCUGUGGUUUCGCUGGAUUGAACCUUCGAUACAAAGCCUUCUAUUCCCCAAAAAUUUCAGGGCCAAUGCUUCAUAUGAAUGGGCAAUUUGAUGAUGUUGUGUACCACAAAAGAAGUCGCACUCUGAUUGAUGCGACCACAGGUGCUGAGGAAGAUAAAGUGCUCAUUCACCCGGGUGGUCAUUCUGUGCCGACCAGCAAAUUGUAUACAGAUGCGAUGAUCAUGUUCAUCAAAGGGAAACUCGCAGCCUAAUGUGGCUCUUAUGGGGUUACAAACUGCUAUAUCCUAUUUGAGCGGCGAAGCACCUGUAUAGCCAGCACUUCAAUGGGAAGGGAUGGAAUACAUGGGAAAUCUUAACCAUAAUAAUUCUUAACACUACCCGGGAAAUUCUAGAAUCGAGUAGGGAAGCCAAUUUCACAUGGUCU